AUGUCAACGCAGAGCAAGCGCGAUUCCAGACCAAAGUCGCCCUCGCCGCCUAGGCCUAGUUCAAGUGUCCUCCUCCUCUCCCCCCAAAACGAAAUCCUGCUCCUCCACCGCGUCAAAACAUCCACCUCCUUUGCCUCCGCGCACGUCUUCCCCGGCGGAAACCUCUCUUCCCAGGACGGGCCAUGUCCGCCCACUGAGGAUCUAAAACGGCACGAUGAUGCACCGUGGUAUCGCCGCGCUGCGCUUAGGGAGUUAUUUGAAGAGAGCGGGAUUCUGCUAGCUAAGGAUGAGAGCUCGGGAGAAAUGGUUACGCUGUCUGAGGAGGAGAGGGAAAGGGGGAGGAGGGCGAUUCAUGGGGGAAAAGUUGAGUUUGGGGAGUGGUUGGGUCGGCAUGGAGGUGCUGUGCCGGAUAUAGACAAACUAAUCCCCUUCACCCGCUGGAUAACACCAACCAACGUCCCCAAACGCUUCACCACGCAGAUGUACCUCUACCUCCUUCCGCUCUCCGUCGCACCCGAAUCUGAGAAACGACUCUUGGAAGAGCUCCCUGAAGGAGGAAAACCAGAACAAAUCUACCUUCCAACCAGCGACGGCGGCAUCGAAGUCACCGAGGCGCGCUUCCUCCCGGCCAGUGAAUGGCUGCGUCUCGCUAAGGCUGGUGAAAUUAUGCUUUUUCCUCCUCAAUUCCUUCUAUUACACCUCGUCUCGGAGAUCCUAGAUAAACAGCCCCGACCGGUCGAUUCGUCGCCUGCCUCGAUGGAAGAACUAGAGAAAAGACGCGCAGAAUUGGUGAACUUCGUACACUCUGGUACACCACCAUGGACAGAAAAGUGCAUCUCGCCCAAGAUGCUGAAGAUGGCUGGCGACGGGAGAGCAAUUUUGGGACUUGAUCAUCCAGGACCGGAAUUAGGAGCGUCAGAGAGACGGGGGGAGAGCGAGAGGGUUGUCAUUGUUCGGUUUAAAAAGGGUGAGGCGAGAGAGUUCUACACAAAAGUCGUUGUCGACCAAACCGUCAAAAUGGAGAACGAAAGAGGAGAGAUUGUCGAUCUCUACGUCCCCCGCAAGUGCUCUGCUACCAACCGCAUCAUCAAGGCCAACGACCACGGCUCCGUCCAGAUCUCCAUCGCUAAGGUCGACGAGAACGGUCGCUACACCGGCGAGAACCAGACCUACGCUAUGUGCGGCUUUGUGCGUGCGCGCGGCGAGAGCGAUGACUCGCUGAACCGUCUGACGCAGCGCGAUGGUUACCUGAAGAACGUGUGGUCUGCUAGCCGGUAA